GGUGUCCGCCCGCCCUCCGCUCCGCCGCCACUACCGCCGCCGCGAUGCUGUCCCGGUCCCGUUGCGUGUCCCGGGCCUUCAGCCGCUCGCUCUCCGCCUUCCAGAAGGGGAGCUGCCCUCUCGGGAGACGCUCCCUGCCCGGGGUCUCCUUAUGUCAGGGACCAGGUUACCCUGACAGGAGGACGAUCGCCAUUAACAAUAGUAGUGUCUUCAGCGUUCGCUUCUUCAGAACUACAGCUGUGUGCAAGGAUGAUGUGAUUACAGUAAAAACCCCAGCAUUUGCAGAAUCUGUCACAGAAGGGGAUGUCAGGUGGGAGAAAGCUGUUGGAGACACAGUUGCAGAAGAUGAAGUGGUUUGUGAGAUUGAAACUGACAAGACAUCCGUGCAGGUUCCAUCACCAGCAAACGGUGUUAUUGAAGCUCUUUUGGUACCUGAUGGGGGAAAAGUAGAAGGAGGCACUCCUCUUUUCACACUCAGGAAAACUGGCGCUGCUCCUGCUAAGGCCAAGCCCGCUGAAGCCCCUGCUGCCGAAGCCCCAAAGGCAGAACCGAUAGCAUCGGCAGUUCCUCCUUCCCCUGCAGCAUCCAUACCCACUCAGAUGCCGCCAGUGCCCUCACCCUCACAACCCUCUGCUAGCAAACCAGUGUCUGCGGUAAAACCCACUGCUGCUCCAGUAGCUGAGCCAGGAGCUGGUAAAGGUCUGCGUACAGAACAUCGGGAGAAAAUGAACAGGAUGCGGCUACGCAUUGCUCAGCGUCUGAAGGAGGCCCAGAAUACAUGUGCAAUGCUGACGACUUUCAAUGAGAUUGACAUGAGUAACAUCCAGGAUAUGAGGGCCCGGCACAAAGAUGCUUUUCUGAAGAAACAUAACCUCAAACUGGGCUUCAUGUCGGCAUUUGUGAAGGCCUCAGCCUUUGCCUUGCAGGAACAGCCUGUUGUAAAUGCAGUGAUUGACGAUACAACCAAAGAGGUGGUAUAUAGGGAUUAUAUUGACAUCAGUGUUGCGGUGGCCACCCCACGGGGCCUGGUGGUUCCCGUCAUCAGGAACGUGGAAACAAUGAAUUAUGCAGAUAUUGAGCGAACCAUCUUUGAACUGGGAGAGAAGGCCCGGAAGAAUGAACUCGCCAUUGAAGAUAUGGAUGGUGGUACUUUCACCAUUAGCAAUGGAGGUGUUUUCGGCUCCCUCUUUGGAACACCCAUUAUCAACCCCCCUCAGUCUGCCAUCCUAGGCAUGCACGCCAUCUUUGAUAGGCCAGUGGCUGUGGGAGGCAAGGUGGAGGUGCGGCCCAUGAUGUUCGUGGCACUGACCUAUGAUCACCGGCUAAUCGACGGCAGAGAGGCUGUGACUUUCCUCCGAAAAAUCAAGGCAGCGGUAGAGGAUCCCAGAAUCCUCCUAAUGGACCUUUAGGAGGAAGUCACACACCCAACACAUUGACCACGCAGGAACUGAAAACCAGUCUUCUCUCUGCCCCACGUGGGUCCCGGGUUCGCCUGGCGACAGACAGGCACAUGCUGUUGGCCUCAAGCAAGGAAGCCAGGGCACUAUAUAACCAGCAGUCGCAGGUCUUUCUUGGUGUUCCUACCAGCUCUCUCUCUCUCUCUCACUCUCUCUCUCU